UAGAGCUGCGCGUCACAGGAACUUCAGCACCCACGGGGCGGACAGCGCUCGGUUGCACCUGCCGGCCGGGCUCCCGAGCGUCCCGCGGGCCCUCCUCUUCCAGUCCCUCGGCUGCCGCGCCCAAGUCCAUUGGCCGGCACGCUCGCUCCCCGCCCCCGCCCUCCCGCCCUCCCGCCCUCCUGCCUCUUCCUAUUUUUUUUUUUUUUACUCCUCCUUUUCAUUCAUAACAAAAGCUACAGCUCCGGGAGCCUGGCAGUGUCUGAAACCGAGCGUGGGAGAAUGGAGUUCUUUUGGACCGGCACUUGGAUUCUGAUGUUGGUGCUCCACAGCAGCCCGAUUCAGGCUUUCCCCAAACCGGGAGGCGGCCAAGACAAAUCUUUACAUAAUAGAGAAUUAAGUGCAGAAAGACCUUUGAAUGAACAGAUUGCUGAAGCAGAAGCAGACAAGAUGAUGAAAACAACCCCCCCAGAAAACAAGCCAGGUGAAAGCAAUUAUUCUUUUGUCGAUAACUUGAACCUACUAAAAGCAAUAACGGAAAAGGGAAAAAAUGAGGACGAAAGGCAAUCCAUAAGAAGUUCCCCACUUGAUAAUAAACUGAAUGUGGAAGAUGUUGAUUCAACCAAGAAUAGAAGGCUGAUUGAUGAUUAUGAUUCUACUAAGAGUGGAUUGGAGCAGAAAUUUCAAGACAAAGAUGAUCCAGAUGGCCUUCAUCAACUGGACGGCACCCCUUUAACUGCCGAAGACAUUGUCCACAAAAUUGCCACCAGGAUUUAUGAGGAAAAUGACAGAGGAGUGUUUGACAAGAUUGUUUCCAAACUACUCAAUCUUGGCCUUAUCACAGAAAGCCAGGCCCACACAUUGGAAGAUGAAGUGGCAGAAGCUUUGCAGCAAUUAAUUUCAAAGGAAGCCAACAGUUAUGAGGAGGAGCUCAAUAAACAUACAAGCAGAACUGAGAAUGAGGCUGGAAAAAUAUCAGAGAAAGUGACUCCAAUAGCAGCAGUUCAAGAUGAUUUGACUAAUGGGGAAAAUGAUGAAACUGUAUCUAACACCUUAACCUUGACGAAUGGCUUGGAAAGAAGGACUAAAACCUACAGUGAAGACGACUUUGAGGAGCUCCAGUAUUUCCCCAACUUCUAUGCACUUCUGAAAAGUAUUGAUUCAGAAAAGGAGGCGAAAGAGAAAGAAACACUGAUUACUAUCAUGAAAACACUGAUUGACUUUGUGAAGAUGAUGGUCAAGUACGGCACAAUAUCUCCGGAAGAGGGCGUGUCCUAUCUGGAAAACUUGGAUGAGAUGAUUGCCCUUCAGACGAAGAAUAAGCUGGAAAAAAAUGCAACCGACAAUAAAAGCAAGCUUUUCCCUGCCCCGUCUGAGAAGAGUCCUGAGGAAACUGACAGCACCAAGGAAGAAGCUGCCAAGAUGGAAAAGGAAUAUGGAACCUUAAAGGAUUCCACCAAGGAGGACAGCUCCAACCUGGGAGGAAAGGCAGAUGAACCAAAAGGUAUGAAUGUGCCAACUGUGGUUGGCAGUGAAAUUGGGAAAGCGAGAGCUUUCACUGUCCAAGGCAAAACAGAAGCCUAUUUGGAAGCCAUCAGAAAAAAUAUCGAGUGGCUGAAGAAACAUGAGAAAAAAGGAAAUAAAGAAGAUUAUGACCUUUCCAAGAUGAGGGACUUCAUCAGCCACCAAGCCGACGCAUAUGUGGAGAAAGGCAUCCUUGACCAGGAAGAAGCCAAGGCCAUCAAGCGCAUUUAUAGCAGCCUGUAGAGGUGACGAAGGCCCCGGGUUUCUGUCAACUGUUUGAGAAAACACAGCAGAACUGAAGACACUCCUAACUCGUGAUUCAAGUUGCUUUGACCCAAGAAAUAUUAGAAAGUGCUUAAUUUACCAUAAUUAACCUAUUCUUAAAGUGGUUAAUAUGUAGCUUUCUUGCCAUUAAAUCUGAGAAGUAAAGUUGUAUGUAAGCUGA